AAGAUGAACGCUAGUGACCAACUUAUGGGAGAUGGAGAGGCCGCUCCUCCGGGGCUCUGCUCCUUCAAAGGCUUUAACCUCAGCUGCAUCCAAGCCAACGGGUUUGAGAAACCGCACGGACCUAAUAUAACUUUCCUUAAUGAAGACCACUUUGUGCUUCCCACCUUCUCCACCGCUGCCAAGGUCCGGGUGGCCAUCACCUGCGUCCUCUUCAUUUCCUCUGCCUGUUUUAACAUGGCCACUCUGUGGACCAUCACCUAUAAGUACCGAAAAAAAUCGCACAUCCGCAUCCUCAUCAUCAACCUGGUGGCGGCCGAUCUGUUGAUCACCUUCGUGGUGAUGCCUCUAGAUGCGGUGUGGAACGUCACUGUCCAGUGGUAUGCCGGUGAUGUGGCCUGCCGGAUUCUCAUGUUCCUCAAGUUGGUGGCCAUGUACUCUUCAGCCUUUGUUACCGUGGUGAUCAGCCUUGACCGGCACGCCGCCAUCUUGAACCCGUUGGGCAUAGGAGAUGCAAAAAAGAAAAACAAGGCCAUGUUGUCAGUAGCCUGGACGCUAAGUCUACUCUUGGCUACUCCACAGCUGUUUGUGUUCCACGCGGUGAGCCGGUCACAGCCAGUCCACUUCGUCCAGUGUUGCACGGUGGGCAGCUUUCAGGCCCACUGGUUGGAGACCCUUUACAACAUGUUCACCUUCUGCUGCCUCUUCCUCCUCCCGCUCCUCAUCAUGGUCUUUUGCUACGGACGAAUCCUGGUGGAGAUCUCCCGCAAGAUGAAGAAGGCUGAAGGUGAGGGGGGGGGGGGAGAAGUCAACCUCCGGCGCUCCUACAACAACAUCCCACGGGCUCGGAUGAGGACUUUCAAGAUGUCGUUGGUCAUCGUCUUGACGUUCAUCGUGUGCUGGACGCCGUACUACCUCCUGGGAUCUGGUACUGGUUCUCCCCGGAGAUGCUGA